AUGGACGUUCUUUCGAUUAAAGACGUCAUCUCAUCACAGCUCGUAAUAUUGUCAGACUCCCACGGAGGAAGUAAACCUUCAGUUGAAACGACCACUACCUCAUUGACGGAAUUAACAACUGACAGAACAACACCAAUCCUCGAUAUACCACCAGAUGGCACUGUCAGUCUCACCAUUAUCAUCCUAUUGGUCUCGUUGGGCUUGUUUACUCUUAUUGGCGUCGGUGCAUUUUUACUCAGACAUAUUAGAAAACUAAAUUCAACUGAAAAACAACAGUUUCCUGCAAGGACAGAUGAAUACUCUACAAUAGAAGAAUCGCAGAUCACUGAAAUACCUGUAUACAGAUCAACAACUCCCGUGAGCAACAACUAUUUUGUGCUGGAGAAGGGACAGGGGUCUCGCGACAAUGCAUCACCAAAUACAAAUACUCAACCCAAUUGCAAACAAAAUACACCAAGCAACUACUUUACGUUGGAGCACAAUACUAUUGUCAAUGAUGAAGUUAGUCAUUACGCGGAGGCACGGGAUGACGUUUACCAGACAGUGGGUGAACACAACGCAUCUUCCGGAGUAGUAACAGAUGACUAUAGUCAUUUCAGUGACUUUAAUGGAGUUUAUAAUCAUUUAACACGAUAGUUUAGUUGGUAUGAGAUGACAUUUUAUAUAUUCAUUGUUUGAUGGCUUUAAUGGCUUUACGAGAUUUUUUCUCUCAGAUAUACACGUCAUCAACCGUAUGUUGGAAUGUUACAGAUAUUGACCUGUGUAUGGAGCUCAGGGCCGUAGGAGUGGGGAGUCCUUAUCGUGUCAACUGUCGGGGCACGAGUCUUUUGGUUUUGAGGUAUUAUCCAAAAGACCGGUCACGGUAGCUCAGUGGUAGAUCGUUCGCUUCGUAAGCGGUCGUGAUUUCGAGCCACGCUCGUGUCAUGGCCGCUUAAAAUCUUAGACUGACCUUAGAAACAGGUCCUGUGUCGCGACAGGCGUUGGCACGAUAAAGAACCCUUACUUCUGCGGCCCUGACCACUAAGCGUAGAUCUACAUUUGUCAUAAUUCACCUGUAGUUGGUAACGUCUCAAUAUGAGUGAAAAAUUCUUGAGUUGACGUAGAACAGACAAAUAACCGAUAGACCCACGAUUCUCAUUUCUAAAUGCUAAGUGUUAAAUGAAGGAGUAGGCAUUGCCUAUUUUUACGUUGGAUGUGACCAGGGUACGAGCGGGGCUCUAAGGUACAAUCGGAACUCCUCGAAUGUCUCGCGCACUCGACAUAGGUCUCGGAUGUAAUACGGUGGCAUCCAUGAGUGAAUUUGAUGCAUUGCCAAUUGGCAAUGCAUCAAAUUCACUCAUGGAUGCCACCGUAUUACAUCCGAGAUCUAUGUCGAGUGCGCGAGACAUUCGAGGAGUUCCGAUUGCUCUAAGGUAGAUAGUUUCCCAUUUUAACUCACCCGAGCCAUAACUUUUCUGAUCAUUUCUCAGUUGCUUGUCGUCGUUAUAAAGUUGUCACGAUUUCAUCUUCUCCAGAAUCAAAGGACCAAUUUCAAUCAAACUUGACAUUAAUCAUUCUUGGGUAGAGGGAAUUCAUGUUUGUUCAAAUAAAGAUUCAUACCCUUCAAAGGGGAGAUAAUCUUGAAAAAUAAAGUGAUGUCAUUUAAAAUCUUAUCAAAAACCACUGUGCCAGAAAGCUUCCUUAUAUAGUGUAGAUUCAAGUUUGUUAAAAUAAUGAACCUCGGUGGGUAGAGUGGUGUCACAAUAGGGUAUCAAAGUGUUGUAUGGGGAUACAUAGGAACAAUCUUGAGAAACCUUGUGACGGAACAGAGAGCUACAGAUCCACCCCUUAUAAAAACCGUCGGUAUACAGCGCAAAACAAGCUGCGCACGGUUGAGGUCUGAUGUCGUUGUAUUCCUGUGUUGUUGUCUCAUAAAUUUGAUAUAAAAAAAUUCCUAACAUAUUUUCCUACUAUACUUGUGUCCAAACAUACCUACUAGUCAGUUCUGCAGCUAGAUUAGUCAUAAAUGUAUAUGUAACAUUUUCAGGUAGUGCAAAUUCAAGUUCAUUCUAUUCAUGGACCCCUGGGGUAGGUUGAGGCCACACGAGGAUAUCAAAUUUUUAUAUUGGAAUAUAUAGAAAAUUGAUUGAUAAAAAUUCUUUCCGAAAGUAUCAGGGCCACAGUAAAUUAUAUCAAACUGCAAGCAUUCCUAAUUAUGUGGAUUUUUAAAAGAUUUUUAAUGCCCACGAUCUAAGGUGGGAGGGGGCAUAUUGGUUUUGUUCUGUUUGUCUGAACUUUAACCUUGGAACUUAUGACUUUUGAAUGGUGAGUAAUAGGGUUUUCAUAUUUCGUGUGAAUUCCUUGUGACGACCUUUCGUUUGGUAGAAAAAUUUAACUUUGAGAUCUUGACCUCGGAGUGUGACCUACUUUAAGAAAAACUAACCCACGCAAUACCCCCUGACUAUUUAAGGUACAUAUAGGGUUUUCAUAUGUGGUAUAUUGAUACCCUACAUUUGAUAUCAUGAUAGGUGACUAAUAUUAACCUUGGAGUUUGACACAAAUUUUUAAAUUUUUUACCGAAAUUUGCUCAUAACUUUUGAAUGGGUAGCGAUAUAUCCUUCAUAUUUCAUUUAUUAUGCAUUCAUUGUGACAAAACCGUUCUUUUAGUACCAAGGUAUCUUGACUUUGGAUUUUGACAUAGUUUUAAGAAAUGUAAACCUAGACAACAUCUCCUUGACUGUUUCAUAUUUUGUAUACAGAAUCUUACAUUUCAUACCAUGAUCUAUGACCUUGUACCACGGUAAGUUGUGACCAUUUGAGGGUAGGUAGGGAGCACAAUAUAGGAUUAAAAAUGUUCAUGGGAAUAAAUAUUUCAAGAAAUUCUUUUUUAAAUACAACAGCAGGGGCCAUUAACGGAUUAAAAGAUCGUGGGAGGGGGGCUUUCAUGAUCACAAUGUCUGUUUGAAGUCUGUUAAUCUCCCAAACUACAUAAUGCUAUUCUUGUUGCUUUCGUCCAAUUUAAUCUUCAUUGUCGAGUUUAAAUUUCCACGAACGACAGUGUCAAUGUUAUUACAAACAGAUUGAUUUAUUAAAUCAUUUCAAACUAUAUCCCUCUUAAGCAAUUCUCAGACAAAGUCAGUGCCACGUUAUCGUCCCAUGCCUACUUUGAGCAGUUUUUAAAGAAGUUCAAAUUAUUACACGGACUAUGAAACAUUGUUCUCUACAGUUACACUGCAUAUCAUUAAAUCCCAAAUGGAAGCUAUUCUAAUUGAUAAUGUCAUUGCUAUGAAUAUUCAUAGAACUCUUCUAAUUUUCUCAAUAUUCAAGACAUUAUUGCUGCAAAUCAAAACGCCAACAGAAUAAUGCCAUUUCAACAUGAAGAAAGGCAAUUACAAACCCUGUUUCAUAAUCAGUGUAUGAAUAUAAUUAGAUGUGUCUCAGCAAUAUAGCUGGUGUGAGGUCACCCACUUCAAUUUGGCACUUGUGGUUUUUAAAAUUAGGAUAUACAUGAUUGUCUCAUCUUAUUUACACCAUUAUAUACUUAGCUCGAUACUCUUGUUAAUUUUAUAGUCAUUCUAUACUUAUCUCGAUACUCUUAUUAAUUUUAUAGUCAUUCUAUAGUUUUUAGAGUAACCGAUACUCUUAUUAAUUUUAUAUUCAUUCUAUAGUUCUUAUUAAUUCUAUAGUCAUUCUAUAGUUUUUAUUAAUUUUAUAGUCAUUCUAUAGUUUUUAUUUAUUUUAUAGUCAUUCUAUAAUUUUUAGAGUAACCUAAAGUACUCUACUUGUGACACGUGUAAAGCUCGCGAGUUCGCGCGUCACAGAUAAUCACUACAGUUGUUUGACAAAAGUAAGUUCCCAUGUAAACUUCCCUUUUGUAUUUCUUACAUAAUAAUCUUAUUUGUGGUUUAUUGCAAUAAAGUAAACGUCAUUUAUAUAAGAAAAUAUUUUAGGUUCUUUAUAGAAAGACCGCACGGUAAUUUAAAUUUUGAAUGAUGACUGAGACAUGUUGAUUUAAACACAUCAUUUUUCUAAAAUACAAUGUAGUUUUAAAAUAUAAACUGGUUUUUUUAAAAUUUGA